UCAAUCUAAUUGUAUGCCUUUAAUUAAAUGAUAUAAAAUAAGAAACAGUUGAGAGUUGAGACCUUGUAAUCUAAGGUCAUCUACUCUGCCUCGGUAGUUGGUUCUCCACUUUCACUGGUUUGGUUAGAUGCUUGGUUUGUUGAUUCGUAUCAUAUUUUUUUGCUCCUUGCUUUUUCUUUUUUUUUUUUGUAAUCUUUAAUCUUUAUUACUUCCAUUCUUGACUUCUUGGUGGUAGGAAAUGUUUGAAUUUAGUGAAUUUAUUUAUGUGCUAAUUGGUGAAGCCCUUUUUUUCCAUGAAGAUGUAUGUCACUUUCUGGUGAUGCAGACAUCCCAUAAGCCCUCAUGAGAAAGAGAGAUGCAAUGUAUAAUCUGAAUUAUAUGGAGUGCAAACUACCCGAAUUAGUUGUUUUUCUUCAAGACAGCAAUCAUCAAGUUUUCAAGGAAAACUGUAUGGAUGGGGAAGAAUGUUCUUUGGAUAAUUGUGAAUUGAACCACCAUAAUAUUUGUUACAUGCUCGAGUAUGAGUUGGACAACAGUGUAGAAUUAGAGAACAGAGUUUCUGAAUCCAAGCCUGCAUCGUACGAGGGCAUUGUUAAGAAGUUUGACGACUCUAAAAAUCUGUUGAUGGAAGGUAAAGCUGCUACUGAGAUUGCUGAUGCCAUUUCCUUUAGCCAUGAUGUUCCAAAACGGCCGAGUUUGGACAGAGAAUUGGUUGAUCAAAAAGAGAAUCAGGAUCAAAAGCUGAAACUAGUCUCGAUGGCGUCUAAGUUUGUCUCCAAGGAAGCAUCUUGUAACAAAAGUGGUAUAGCAGAUUCAAUUUCCAGAGAAGGACCAGCAGAUACAAAGGCUGAAAACAGCACCAGCACUGAAGAUGGAAUGCCAAGAAGUUUAGCUUCAUUGUUUGCAGAUCAGAACACUGAAAAGCUUCCAGACCGUGAAGACAUGAAUCUUGUAGUCUCAGCAACGAAGCAAUGUCAUGAUAACAUCUCUAUUCGCUCGAGUAGCACCAACAGCACAAAAUCUUUUGCCUUUCCUAUACUAACCUCAGAGUGGCCCGGCAGCCCUGCCAAGAUGGUGGUAGCCGAUAAGAGAGAGUUUAAAAGGCUAAGUUGUCGCUGGAGAACGUGCUUUGGUUUCUGCAAAUUUUGAUUUAUUUAGUUUUCAGAGUUGUAUAGCGGUUUCUGCUACUUGUCCUUCAUCUUCACUCCUCUUGGUAUAUAGACCAUACAUAGACAUGUUGAAAUAUUGUUGUGGACAUUAAAAGCUUUCCCGUUUUUCAGUCAUCUUUCUUGGACAUCACACAUUUAGUAA